UUAAACCUGUAAACGUUAUGUUGAAAUACAGGAGAACUGCGCCAGUGGAACAGAAAUACACAACACCGUGGCCACCGAAUUCAGGGGGACUACUUUAUCGCAUGGAAGCACAAUAACUGGCACGUCUUUGAAGGUGGUUCGCUCUUUUUGUUGCCUCUUCAGUGAAGAACUUCCACCUCCGUCCCCCACACACACAGGGAAAUUUACAUUCAGUCCCUCUCUGUCCCCUCCUCACACCUGUAUGUACCCGGUCCGAGGUGUGAAUGCACCUGCGUCCUCUAUCCUCACUCCGCUCCGCUCACCCGCAGCUCUCAUUGCUCCAGCGGCGUCCUUCGUCCGGACACCUCGCGGAUCAAACAUGUUCGGCGCUUUCUUCUGCGCGCUCGUUUCAUUGCAUCCGAUUUUCUGUUCUCGCUGGUCUCUGGCAGCUCUUCCUCCGGAUCGCGAGGACGCGCCGUGGUUCGUGGGCUGCGUCAGCGCCAGCAGCAGCCUUUACAGAACCGAAGGGGCCCGUGACCUUGACCCGGCCACUUGCUGUGUUCUCUGUCUGGAGAAAGGGUACCAGGUUGCAGCGUUGACCUCAGAGGCUUGUUACUGUGGCAACCAGCAACGUGGUUUCGUGGCCAGUGAGUGUUUCAACACAUCUUCCAGUGGGGGGACAAAAGAUGACAGAGGAGGAGGACAAAGUGUCCUCCACUUGCCUGUUGGAGGUGCACCGGGAAGUGUGGCCCUCUACAGAACCGAAGGACCAUUUCUGCACAGCGUUCGCCUGUCCACGUCUCCGGACAGAGUGCAGGCUGGGAAGACUUUUAUCAUGGAAGUUUCUGGAAACCUGGCCGGACGCCCCAACCAGCCAACAGGGAUUCUGGGUCUAGGAGAGCGGGACCUCUCUUACGUCACUGUUGAGUUUCAGAAAACGACCCCUACAGGUCAAAGUUCACACCGUGUCAAUGUGUUGGAUGACGGCUCCUUUGUUGUGUCAUCUGAUGGGAUUUUGGCAACGCCAGGAGAGUAUCAACUCAACGUCAGCGUCUCCAACCCCCUCUCAACAGCCUCCUCCACCCUCCACCUCUCCGUCUUGCAGCCCUCUGCAGACGGCACGGUGGUCUCUGUGCCUCGCGGCCCCCUGGGUGUCCCCUCCAGCAGCCCAUUCCCACAAAGAGGCUCCAACAGAGAGACAGUGGAGGAAGCGCACCCGGGCGACCCCACCACGCUGCAGGCCCACAUGGCCGACGGUCCGCCAGGAGAGUUUUUUCAGUGGAUUACUGGCAACCAAAAAGGGGGGGAAAAAAAGGUAGUCAAGACAGCUUGCCGUCCCACAUCCGAGUGUUUGAUCAGCACUGUGACCAAGGAAAGUUGCCUCAGAGCGUCUCUUCUCUACACUUCUGACCCAACGUCAGUGCCGCUCUCCGACCUCCUGCCUCAGGCCUUUGUGGUGGAAGAGAUCACACGUGCAGCGGUUUCUUCUCAGACUUGGAAGUCAGCAGUAUCCACGCACACAGAAGUCCACCUGCAGGUGGUCGGCCCCGUCAGCCGAGCGGGGUCGCGGGUUAUUUGGACUUUCAGUUUGGAAAAUAACACUGGGAUCAGCAGGAGCAGCGAAGACUGGAGCGCGAAUGUGUCUCUCACAGCGGCAGGCCGUUACAAGGUGACAGCCGAGGCCUUGAGCCCAAUCAGCCGGGCCUCGCUCUGCACACACAUCCUGGUUCAGGAUCCGGUUGGGGAGUUAUUACUGAACGUUUCCAGCGUGGUCACGGCCCACCGAAGACACCCGGUUUCAUUUACCGUCACAGCGGGCUCAAAUGUGACCGUGUCUCUGCUGGUGAAUACGACGCUGCUGCACAGAAACUGCAGCUACGCUGCAGGGGAGGAGACGACGGUGGUUUCGCUUUUCGACCAAACCGGGACAGUUGUGGUUGAGCUGCGAGCAGAGAAUCGAGUGUCUUCUCAGAGCAAAAGCGUAACAGUGCGCGUCGAGGGCAACAGGAAACCAAAAGCUGUUGUUAAUCCAACAUGGCGACCACCCAGCAGUCAAAGUCCUGUUCACAACCUGGAUGACAAUGUGUGGAUUUAUUCAGAAAAGCAAGCGUAUCCCACAAAUACCGAAAUUACCUUUGUGGCCAUGACUGGAGUAGCAGACCCUGUGGAAUUCCUCUGGCACUUUGGGAACUCGAGAUCAAAGAGAACCACCUCAAGAAACGUCACCGAAAGAUACCACAAACCUGGCAGGUACGCUGUAGUUGUAGUAAUGUCAAGUGGCCGGACCUCCAUUACCUCUGAUGUGCUGCUGCUGGUAGUGCAGAGAGCUGUUAGGCUCAACAGGCUGGUCCUCCGGGCCUCCGCCCUGCAGAACCAAACCGUGACAGUGAGCUGCCGGGUCAAUGUGGGCACUGAUCUCACCUUCCUCUGGAGCUUUGGAGACGGAUCGUCCAGGCUGGGACGGAGCACCGAGCAGCAUGUUUUCCACAGGACAGGAGAGUUCAGAGUGGAGGUAACUGUGUCCAACCUGGUCAGUUCUGCCUCUCUAAGCGGUCCCCUCUUUGUUGUGGACCGGCAUUGUCAGCCUCCAGCAGUGAAAAACAUGGGGCCUCUGAAACUACAGGUGAAUUUUACCAGCGGGACUUUAACCUGUGCUAUGGCUACGUUUGAUAAAAUGGCAUCUAACUAA